CUUGUAUUCCCUCUCUCUCUAUCAGUAUCUCGAUUAUUGCUUCUGUUUCGUUUUCUUCUGUAUGUCGAAGAACCCAUCUCAAGAAGACGAUGAAGCCAUGCCAAUCUCCGAAGUAGUAAUAAAGAGAUUCAAGCGUUUAAGGCUCGUGUUCGAGCCGUCACUAGGAGUCUUGGGUUUUUUCUUGGUGGGUUUGUGUUUAGUCUUCAGCUUCUUCUACCUCGAUUACAGAACCGUGGCUAAAACUAAAAGUCAUGACUUUUCGGAUCAAUCGGAGAGAUUCCUUUGGCUCAAGGAGCUUGAUGGGUUUGUAGAUAACAACACUAAAGUUGGGUUUCUUGAAGAGAGUGGGAAUAGUUGUGAUUUGUUCGAUGGGAAAUGGGUUUGGGAUGAAUCGUAUCCUUUGUAUCAGUCUAAAGAUUGCACCUUUCUUGAUGAAGGAUUCAGAUGUACUGAGUUUGGGAGACUUGAUUUGUUCUAUACUAAGUGGAGAUGGCAACCUAACCAUUGUGAUUUGCCCAGAUUUGAUGCGAAGUUGAUGCUGGAGAAGCUAAGGAACAAGCGGCUAGUGUUUGUAGGAGACUCAAUUGGAAGAAACCAAUGGGAGUCUCUUCUUUGUAUGCUAGCUUCUGCAAUCAGGAACAAGAAUUUGGUUUAUGAAGUGAACAAUAGACCCAUCACAAAGCACAUGGGCUUCUUUGUGUUUAGGUUUCAUGACUACAAUUGCACUGUUGAAUACUAUAGAGCACCGUUUUUGGUUCUCCAAAGCCGUCCACCUAGUGGAUCACCAGAAAAGGUAAAGACGACACUUAAACUAGAGACGAUGGAAUGGACUGCCGACAAGUGGAGAGAUGCGGAUAUAUUAGUGUUUAACACCGGACAUUGGUGGAACUAUGAGAAAACUAUUCGCGGAGGUUGUUACUUUCAAGAAGGAGAAAAAGUGCAAAUGCGAAUGAAGAUAGAGCAUGCGUAUAGACGAGCUAUGAAAACCGUUAUGAAAUGGAUACAAGAAGAGGUUGAUGCAAACAAGACACAGGUCUUCUUCCGCACAUUUGCCCCUGUGCAUUUCAGAGGAGGAGAUUGGAGAACUGGAGGAACAUGUCAUAUGGAGACACUGCCUGAUUUUGGAGCCUCUCUGGUUCCAGCAGAGACAUGGGAUCAUAUAAAGCUCCUUCAAGAUGUCUUGUCAUCGUCUCUUUACUACUUGAAAACAUCAGAGACGGUUAAACUGAAAGUGUUGAACAUAACAGCCAUGGCUGCUCAAAGAAACGAUGGUCACCCAUCACUGUACUACUUGGGCUUGGCUGGUCCUGCGCCAUUCCACAGGCAAGACUGCAGCCAUUGGUGUCUCCCUGGAGUUCCUGAUUCGUGGAAUGAGCUUCUUUAUGCAUUGUUUCUAAAGCAUGAAGGCUAUUCAAGUCCAAGAUCAAACAAUAGCGAUACAGGCAACUUUACAUAACAUCUUUUGGUAAAGUAGCUGGUUCUUGCUCUCUAGAGGCUAACCUCAAGAUUUUGAUUGGGUGAUUAGGUUAAUUGGGUGGGGAAUAUGUAAUUACUGAUUAGGUUAAGCAACUUUUGUUGUAAAGAUAAAUCUCAUUUUUCUUC